AUGAGUCAUCCAUCCAAUACCUACACUGACAAACCUCGACGAACUCACAACAACAAUAAUCACCAUCACAAUCAUCAUCACCAUCACAAUUCUAGUCCCACAUAUCAUGGCACCAUUCAGGAGAUCUGGGUCUUGAAGGACAGGGUUACGGGAGAGCCUAAAGGGGUGACGUACAUCAAAUUUGCUCGCACAUCGGAAGCCGCUUUGGCUAUGGAAGAAAUGAAUGGUCGAUGUAUUGAAGGGAGUCCUCGACCUUUGAAAGUGCUGAUCGCCCAUUCACGUGAUCAGGGAUCUCGUCGGGAAAUGAAUGAAGAGGAGCGUUUGGUUCGGUUGUUUGUGGUUGUUCCCAAACAUUUGAAUGAGGAAAAUCUGCGAGAAGAGUUUGCUCCCUAUGGUGAUUUGGACUAUGUAUCCAUUGUCAAGGACCGCUCCACGAAAGAGAGCAAAGGCUUUGGCUACGUCAAAUAUCACCGCAUGUCGCAUGCCGCCAAGGCCUUUGAGGAAUGCGACCGCAUGUUCAAGCCAGUGUUUGCCGAGCCCAAGCCUCAAAAAUCGUCGUAUCACGAAAGUUCUGGGUCCAGUGGUGGGGAUCGAUUUGGAGGCCCGGGAUCCACUGCCUCAGGAUCGACCACCGCAUCCAUGAGCGCCUCUUACGACAUGCUAUCCUACAUGGACACAUCUCACACCAAUCCGGAUGGGGUUUGUAGACUUCUGGUGAGCGCCUCGGCCUCGGUGAAUCAAGAUCAGUUGUGGCGAUUAUUUGAUAUUAUCCCCGGUUUGGAUUAUUGUGAAAGGGGUCGACAGUUUAGCCAGUCGCGGAGCAGCCGCAGUUUUGUCGUGGUUUUCAACAACCCUCAGUCUGCCGUUUAUGCGAAGGAGAAACUCCAUGGCUUUGAGUAUCCACCUGGCCAAAGGCUGCUGGUUCGAUUUGAUGCCAACAGUGACGGCCAUCCCGCAGCUACCAAUUGCAAUGCCUCCAGCACAGGUGGAGGUCCCGCUAGGUCAAGUGGAACAAACUCGGGGUUCUUUCCCUUCUCAUCCUCAAACGGGUCGCCGACUUUGCCUAAGCCUGGUAAGAAUGCGGCUCCUCAGCCUCCCCCUAUUCUCCCCUUACCCGGCAAGGCCAACAUGGCUACGGAUUUGGCUCAUUUGACCGAGACCAUUGCCAAUGCCACUGCUCUGUUACAAGCAGCUGGUUAUUCCGCCUCUGCUCCCCAACACCCUGGGACUAGUCCUCCGAACCCGAGUGGCGAAACGUACGACCCCUCCUAUUGUUCGGUUAAGUUGCCAGCUCCUCAGCCUUUGGCGGCCAUGGAAUCUCUGGUGGCUGAAAGAUUGUUUUUGGUUUGCACGCCAGUCCCGCCGCAGUUGUAUGCCUUGAAGGAUGUGUUUGGCCGAUUUGGCAACUUAAUUGAUAUCUACAUCCUCAAUGGGAAGACUUGUGGCUAUGCUAAAUAUGCCAAGAAAGAAUCUGCGGAUAGCGCCGUUGCUGCCCUCCAUGGUCAAGAAAUAUGUGGGUCCCGGUUAAAGGUGAUGGCAGCGGAUCCUCAAGACAAGACGGGAGACUCUGGACGAAAAAGACCGAAAAUAUCAGAAACUGACAACUGAAUAGGCCGAAAUUGAUUUAAAUUAUGAAUAACUCUUGUCCCAAUGAUUUGUUUUGAACAUACAGUUUUUCCCUUGAUUUUUUCGAUUACGUGGAACACGUACAACAGAGCAGUAACGUUCCCGUGUGGCUUAUUUUCAAAUGACUUCAAAUACCUAAGGAAAUGUGGGAUCUGAUUUCUCAAUCUGCCAGCUUAAUUUCAUCUGCCUUGUUUCAUGCAACAUUUGUGGCGUAAGAGUCAAGAAUAAACCUCACCCGUGUUAUGAGAA